AGUAUCUUCAGGGUUUUUUUUUCUCUCUCUCUCACACUGUUUUUUUGUCCAAUGAGCUCUCUCCACAUGCAGCGCCAGUGAGAAGGGAAGCAGUGAGUCUUACAAUAAAUGCGAUAAAGCCAGCGGUGAGCUGCCACUAUCUGGAGCAGCUGGAAAUAGUAGGAGGGAAGCUAAGUAGUUGUGAAUCAGCUGCUGGAGGAGCUGUGUGGUGUUUUACAACAUACAGGGAGAUUGGGCUGCUGAGAACAAUCUAACACAGCUACGUGGGGCAUAAAAAAAGCUGUGUUUUGGGGACAAGAAUUUUGUUCCAGUUUGACGUGCUGCCUUGGUAAAUAUAUUUUGGGAACAGGAGCUGGAGAAAAGCCGAUGAUAAAGAAAAGUUGUCAUUAAAGGCUGCUGCCGAUUCAACUUUUUUAUACAUUUCCGUAUCUAUGUGUAACUGAAUCAUUAACAUCUGGGAGAGGCUGGCACUGUGGUAGAUUCUUAAAAAAACGGAAGAAGAUCCCCAAGCAUGGAGAACGCUCAUAUAAAAACUGUGGAAGAAGUUUACGCAUAUUUUAAUGUGAAUGAGAGUACGGGACUCAGCGCAGAUCAGGUUAAAAAACUCAGAGACAAAUGGGGACCUAAUGAAUUACCAGCAGAGGAAGGAAAAUCUUUAUGGGAGCUUGUUCUUGAACAAUUUGAAGACUUGUUAGUCAGAAUUUUAUUAUUGGCAGCUUUUAUAUCAUUUGUUCUGGAUUGGUGGCAGCAAGGGGAACAAGGUCUUACCCUCUUUGUUGACUUAUUUUUAAUUGUCUUACUUGUGAAGAAUACCAUUAUAUCUGUUUAUCAGGAAAGAAAUGCUGAAAAUGCUAUUGAAGCCCUUAAAGAAUAUGAACCCGAAAUGGGCAAAGUGUAUCGGCAAGACAGGAAAAGUGUCCAGAGGAUUAAAGCCAGAGAUAUCGUGCCUGGAGAUAUUGUGGAAGUAGCUGUUGGAGAUAAAGUGCCUGCUGAUAUACGAAUUACUUCAAUUAAAUCCACAACCCUUCGAGUAGAUCAGUCUAUCUUAACAGGUGAAUCUGUUUCUGUAAUUAAACAUACUGAUCCAGUGCCUGACCCACGUGCUGUGAACCAGGACAAAAAGAAUAUGCUGUUUUCUGGAACGAACAUCUCUUCUGGCAAGGCUAUUGGUGUAGUGAUUGCCACAGGUGUUAACACUGAAAUAGGCAAAAUUCGUGAUGAGAUGGCUGCUACUGAACAAGACAGGACUCCCCUACAGCAGAAACUGGAUGAGUUUGGUGAACAGUUAUCGAAAGUUAUCUCCCUAAUUUGCAUCGCUGUAUGGAUAAUCAACAUUGGCCACUUCAAUGACCCGGUACAUGGUGGUUCAUGGGUCCGCGGUGCAAUCUACUAUUUUAAAAUUGCUGUUGCUCUGGCUGUUGCUGCUAUUCCUGAAGGUCUUCCUGCUGUCAUUACUACUUGCCUUGCUCUUGGAACCCGAAGAAUGGCAAAAAAAAAUGCCAUUGUCAGAAGUCUGCCAUCUGUGGAAACCUUAGGUUGCACGUCUGUUAUCUGCUCUGACAAGACUGGGACCCUUACAACCAAUCAGAUGUCAGUGUGUAGGAUGUUUAUCGUUGACAGAAUUGAAGGUGAUAGCUGUUUGCUGAGUGAAUUUGAUAUUACAGGCUCCACUUACUCUCCUGAAGGUGAAGUACACAAGAGUGACAAACCUGUGAAAUGUUCUGAUUACGACGGCUUGGUUGAACUGGCUACAAUAUGUGCCCUUUGCAAUGAUUCUUCUCUGGAUUACAACGAGGUCAAGGGAGUGUAUGAAAAAGUUGGUGAAGCCACAGAGACAGCACUUGUUUGUUUAGUGGAAAAGAUGAAUGUUUUUGACACUGAUGUGAAAGGACUCUCCAGAAUUGAGCGUGCAAUGGCAUGUAAUUCAGUCAUCAAACAACUGAUGAGAAAGGAAUUCACGUUAGAAUUUUCAAGAGACCGGAAAUCAAUGUCUGUUUAUUGUGUACCCAACAAGCCCAGCCGCAUAACUCAGGGAAAAAUGUUUGUUAAGGGAGCACCUGAAGGCGUGAUUGACAGAUGCACACAUGUUCGUGUUGGCACCACUAAGGUCCCUCUGACUUCUGGAAUUAAGCAGAAAAUUUUGAGUGUUAUUCGGGAAUGGGGGACUGGCAAAGAUACUUUACGUUGCUUGGCUUUAGCUACACGUGACAGCCCACCAAGAAAAGAAGACAUGAACCUUGAGGAGUCUGCUAUGUUUAUAAAUUAUGAGACGGACCUUACAUUUGUUGGUUGUGUCGGUAUGCUUGAUCCUCCAAGAACAGAAGUGGCUGCAUCUAUUAAAAUGUGCAGACAAGCUGGUAUUCGUGUGAUAAUGAUCACUGGUGAUAACAAAGGCACAGCUGUUGCUAUCUGUCGUCGUAUUGGUAUCUUUAAAGAAGAGGAAGAUGUCGCUGACAAGGCAUUUACCGGUCGUGAAUUUGAUGAGCUUUCUCCAGCUGCACAGAGGGAGGCUUGCCAAAAUGCUCGCUGUUUUGCUCGUGUAGAGCCUUCCCACAAAUCCAAAAUUGUUGAGUUCCUGCAGUCCUUUGAUGAGAUCACAGCUAUGACAGGUGAUGGAGUGAAUGAUGCACCAGCACUAAAAAAAGCAGAAAUUGGGAUUGCUAUGGGAUCGGGGACUGCUGUGGCAAAAACUGCUUCUGAAAUGGUGCUAGCUGAUGACAACUUUUCCACCAUUGUAGCUGCUGUGGAAGAAGGCCGUGCCAUUUACAAUAACAUGAAGCAGUUCAUUCGAUAUCUCAUCUCUUCCAAUGUAGGAGAAGUAGUCUGUAUAUUCCUCACUGCAGCCCUUGGUUUUCCUGAAGCUCUUAUUCCUGUCCAGUUGCUUUGGGUGAAUUUAGUAACAGAUGGCCUGCCUGCUACUGCUCUUGGAUUCAACCCACCUGAUCUUGAUAUCAUGAAUAAGCAACCACGUAACCCCAAAGAACCCCUCAUUAGUGGAUGGCUGUUCUUCAGAUAUCUAGCAAUUGGAUGUUAUGUUGGAGCUGCUACAGUUGGAGCUGCUGCUUGGUGGUUUAUCGCUGCAGAAGAUGGUCCUAGGAUUACCUACUAUCAGCUAGGCCAUUUCAAAGCCUUACAUAAGGAGCACAGAGCGAAAUACACCACCAUUUUAGUAUUACAGUUUGCAUUAUGUUUAAGUUGUUGGUCUUUGGUGUCUAUGGCUUCUGGAACACUUAGUGGGUCUAACAGUCCGGUACUGUUUAAUCCCACUCAAAUUCAGUCGGAACCUUUGAACCUCAUGGCACUUAUUAAUGCCUUAUCUCAACGAGUGGAGGACCUAUCAGCAUGUUUUGACACUCGGCUUUCAAAACUAGACAAUAUCUAUGUUUCGAACAGCAGUAGCAGCUCAAUUCCACCGGGCCAACAACAAGCCGGAGCCGGCAAUUCACCAGGAAGUGAACGUUCUUUUUGCCUUACACCUAGCAAACCAGCGAGUAAUUUAGGCAAUAACCUUAAUGACUCUAACCAGCGAAUUGAACCACCUGAGAAGCGUUUACAACCCCUGAGGACAGAAGCGGGGAGUCAUUCUAGCGUUGAGGGGCUUAUUGGAAGCCCAUACUUUAACGAAUGGAUUAACGACACGAGAAAGUUUACUUUUAACCAAGAAAACAGUGAAGGGCUACCGGUCGACAACGCAUUCAACAAACAGGUUGGUUCUAUUGACUUAACUAAUCAAUUAAAACUUUUGGAUGUUAAACUAGUAAAACUUAAAAAGCUUCAACUAGAAAGUAGCUACUUCCAAGAGUGUUUGAAAGAACACAUUGUACCUAAAGGUUUAAGGCACCAUCUAUACCCAACAGGUUUAGUAGCGGACUCCCUUUUUCAUCUUGAACUGAACUCACUGUUUGACCAACAGGGAUUCGACCUCAUGAAUUUAAUGUUAAAACACUACAAUCUUCAAAUUACACAACUUUCAAACGAGGUUUCUGAAUUAAAUGGUCUUAUCAAACACAGUGACUUUUGUAGAUAUAAAUUUGAAUAUGAGAGAACUUUUGCCAGUAUAGACCAACUUUUAGAUAGAUUGAAACUUAAUAAAAUCAAAAAAAUUAACAGAGAUAGUUUGGCAUACGAAAACUGUGCAGCUUAUCCUAAGCCACCUAGUUCACAAGUUGGUCUUGCGACUAUUUAUUCUACUACUGGCUACAAUAAAAACAACGUUCACGACAAUCAAAGAACAGUCGUGAACAAUCAAAACCCCACUAUGUCUACAAUAGGGGAAUGUCCUGCCUCUGAUUUUAACCAGGUGAAACGAAGUGAAUGCCUUUGUUCUGUAAAUAGAGAAGGCAAUCAAAAUCAAGGGGCAACAAACCUUCCUAACAAUAGCAAUGGCAAUAAAAAUACUGAAAAUUUUCCCAAGGCAAUAAAUUCUGGUACUACUUCGAAAAAACCCAACAACCAUUUUCAAAAAAACCAACAACGGAGGAACAACAAACGGAGGAGCUUAUCAGAAAACCAGUCUUUGCUGAGGAUGCCACCUUGGGAGAACAUUUGGCUGGUGGGCGCAAUUUGCUUAUCAAUGUCACUUCAUUUCCUUAUUCUCUAUGUAGAGCCACUGCCACUAAUCUUCCAGAUUACACCUUUGGAUAUCACACAGUGGCUGAUGGUGCUGAAAAUCUCCUUACCUGUCAUCCUGUUAGAUGAAACACUUAAAUUCAUCGCCCGUAACUACCUUGAACCUGGUAAAGAGUGUGCUCUGCCUGCAGGCAAAUCGUGUGCUUUUUCAGCAUGCACUGAGGGCGUUUCUUGGCCAUUUGUGCUUGUUUCAUUGCCCCUGGUCAUCUGGCUUUACAAUACAGACACUAACUUUACUAAGAUGUUCUCUUCUUGACUGCCAUAGAAAUUUGCAUAUAGUAGACAUUUAACCAAUUUUUAUAUAGUUUGAAGCAACCGUCUGUGUCUGCUGAAUUUUUUUCACACAAACUUGAUUUCAUUGUUUAGAUUUUUUUUUCCUGAAUUAAAAGGGAGCAGGAAAUAUUAAAAUGAAUUUUUACACAGAAUUCAAAAAUACUGAUUGACCUGUACAGAGAUUUAACACUAUUUUAUGUAUUUUUGUUUUGUAGAUGAAACAGCAUGUACAGAUUUUAGUUUACUGAUCUAUUUGUGUAAAACAAAGAAAACCCAUUUUGUUGUCAGUUUAAAAUUGAUUUCUAACAGAUUUUAACUGGGGAGUUUCCAAGGAACUUUAAGUAGCAUGUGUGUGCAUGAUCAUUUGUUUUUAUUGAUUUUUUCCACAUACAUACAUUGUUUACGUUUGUAAAUUUAGAAGCCAGUUUUUCUGCACUUGGCAGAGUACUGCUACCUCAGUCAAGUAUAUGUUUGCUUUCUUAAUUUGACAUUCUUGAUGCGUAGUAUGUAGUUAUAUCCCCACCAUCUGAGGUGUACCCAAUCUUGUGCAGAAAAAAAUUUAAUGUUCAUAAUAAGAUUUUCCACUUAUAUUUUAAAAGUUAAAUAUUUAUUUAAUUGUCAAAUGUAUUUUAUUGUGAACAGCCUGACCAUUUUUUGACCAGUUUUGCCCAUUUCAUGGGUUUUCACAUCCUAGUUUCUUAAAAAAAAGAAAAGAAAAGAAAAAAUAAUAUAAAAUAAAACAUUUUCAGUGGACAGUGAGGAAAAUCUCAGUGUCUGUUUUAACAUCAUUUGAAAGUGUUAAAUUCAUUUGUAGUAAAGUAACUAUUUGUAUUAUUCUUCUAAUACACAAUUGUAUUACACUUUUUAUAAAGCGUAUUCACCAUACGCUUAUAUAUGGACCUUCUUUUCGUAAAAGACUGAUGCAGAGCACAUUUAAUAAUGUAUUUACCUUUUUGAUCUGCAGACAGAAAGACCUGCUCUUAAUGGUUAAAUUAUAGAUUGUGUGUAUAUUGAUGGGUGUGUGGGUAUGUUUGUGUGUGCACGUCUGUUCAUGUAAAUAGCAUAUGACCAAAUUUAAUGCUUUUACAUACUGUACAGAACUGUAUUUACAUUUUAAUCCUGCAUUCCAUGCUGAUCAUGUAACCUCUAAUAUUGUACAUGUAUUCUUGUAAUAUUCUUAAAGCAUGUUUCUGGUAAUGGUCAUUUGCAGAUUUAUUUAUGUAUUAACAGUUCUAACUGUUGUGUUUUUCACCUUCACGCUGCCAAACAUUCAUCAACUGAACAAAACUGGAGUAACCCUCUCCUAAACAAUUUUGCAGAAAUCUAAGGUUGUUGCUGCGUGCAUGUGUAUUUUUGCAACACAUCUACCAGGACAUCUGCAUGUAUAAUGUGUACAAAAAUAAAACAAAACUGCGUGCUACAUGGGAGGGAAUGUAUUUAUAAUUAAUAAGGCUUCAUUUUAAAAACUGUACAAAUGUGCAAUACUGCUUAAUGAGUUGAAGACUUCAGAGAAGUUAGUCUUUUAUUGUUUUAGAUACCUAGAAAGUACACCUCGUCUAUUCUAGAACAUUACAAAUUAUUAUUUAAGGAGGCAACUAAUGAAUUUUCACAUUUCUCUGUGUACAGUAUCAAAUUCAUGAUGCAUGCCUGCAGUUGUAAGUAGUCAAAAUUCUGUAUUGUUAUCUUCUGCAGUUGCUGCUUUAUAGAUAGUUAUGUACAGUAAUGCUAUUCUGUUUAUAAAUCUAUUGAAUGUUUAACAAACUGUAAACCUGCAAUCCACUUUCAUAAUGUCAAGAUAUUUUUACUAAGUUUUUUUGAGUGUGCAAAUAGUUUUUGCACUGUAAUAUUGUAACUAUUUAAUUAAUUAUAAACCAGUAGACAGAUGUUGGUGCAAUAAAAGAUUGUGAUGCCUAUAUAUAUAUCUAUAAAUAUAUAUUAUAUAUAAAAUAUUACAGAUGAGUCGGUAUGUAUAGUAUUACCAUGUUUGAUUUUAGAAUACUGUAAAUAAGAUCUAGGUUUCUCCAUGCUGACAAUGUGCAUCACUUACAUUUCAUGAUUUCACUUAAAAUAAAAGUUUAUUCUCUGAGAUACCAUA